AUCGAGCUGUGGACAAAACCAAGAGGAAAAAGGCAGAGGUAAAAACAAAAAAAAAAAAAACAACAACAGACUUUUGACUGGUGACUGUCUGCCGUCCAAUGUUAAUGUCGACCGACGUUGCAUCUAUAAUGCUACCCGUUAGUCGGGGAAUAAUGGACCGGGAAAGAGACAUUGAUACAACAGCCGGACCCCUUGCAAACGCGGCCGGGGGUCCAGCAGCUGUCCGGGGGAUGAAGCGAGGAGACCCGGAGCCCGACGCUCAGACAGCCGCUGCCCUGACUGACUUAGCCGCGGCGGAGUGCAAAAGACCCAGGAUAGACGGGACCGGGAGUGUUGUUGGUGACAUUGGACAGAACAAUGAGCCUUUAAACCCCGGUUUCCAUGGAUACCCAGCGCACAGUCAGGGCUCUCAGGAUUCGACAGGAGGACAGGAGGGAUUGGUGGCCCCACCCUUUACGGCGUUCCCCCCUCCACCCCCACCUCAAAACGGGCUCCCUGGGACGGAGUUCGGCCCUGGGGCCAUGUUUGGUGCUGGGGGCCAAGGAGCAGCAGAGGUAGUGGCUGGUGCUAAUGGAGCCACCGCCGCUGCCACCAACAACAACAAUAACGGAAAGGCAGAUGAGACAUCCCAGGGUGAGGCGGGUGUACAGUGUGGCACAGGAGGUACAGGUGCAGGAGGCUCCGCAGGAGACUCCAACGAGGCCAAAGGGACCCCCAAACGCCUCCACGUCUCAAACAUCCCCUUCCGCUUCCGGGACCCAGAUCUCAGACAGAUGUUUGGGCAAUUUGGGAAGAUUCUGGAUGUAGAGAUUAUUUUCAAUGAGAGGGGCUCAAAGGGUUUUGGCUUUGUGACAUUUGAGAACAGCGCAGAUGCAGAGAAAGCCAGGGAAAAGCUCCACGGCACACUGGUGGAAGGUCGAAAGAUUGAGGUCAAUAACGCCACGGCCAGGGUGAUGACUAACAAGAAAAUGGUCAGCCCUUACCCUAACGGAGAGGCGCUCAGCACGCUGCCUUAUGCGGGGUGGAAAUUGAGUCCCAUGGUGGGGGCUGUGUACGGACCAGAGCUCUAUGCAGUCCCAGGGUUUCCUUACCCUUCAGCAGCAGCAGCAGCCACAACAGCAGCAGCAGCGUUUCGCGGUGCCCACCUCAGGGGCCGGGGCCGGCCCGUCUACAGCGCUGUGCGGGCUGCUGUGCCUCAGCCUGCCAUCCCUGCCUACCCCGGUGUGGUGUAUCAGGAUGGGUUUUACGGAGCGGCGGACUUAUAUGGAGGUUACCCUGCUGCUGCCGCCGCCGCCGCUGCCUAUCGCUACGCCCAGCCUGCAGCCGUAACCGGAGCAACCGCCGCUGCCGCCGCCUACAGUGACAGUUAUGGCCGCGUGUACACUACAGAUCCAUACCACGCUUUAGCCCCAGCUGCUGCUGCGUACGGAGUGGGAGCCAUGGCCAGUUUAUAUCGGGCAGGAUACAGUAGGUUUGCUCCUUACUAAAACCACAAAUCACACCCAAGGAAUUCAACAUCGCUCCAAAAACACAUUUUCAGGCUCUUUGUUCGGCAGGAGCUCCUCCCCAGUUUUCUGCAGACGGACUAUAGUGACAACUCAUGUGUUUUUUUGUUUUUU